AAGUUACCUAUUUUUUUGCCAUUUUUUACUGUAUUUUUCACAUUGCUAAUCCUGAAUUCGUGAGCUUUUUCUCUCUUUUUUCCAACUUUAUUUGCGCCUCGCCGUCUUCGUACCUUUCAAGGUCUUUGCACACACGCAACAUUUGCUUGUUUAGGAUACUCAUUUAUCUCAAUUAGGUCUUUUUAUAAAGGUACCUUAAAAAGGCUUGCUUCAUUUCGGUCUUUCUUUUUAAAUUAACCCAACACAACCACUUCCCACCUUUAACUUUUCAAUCUUGCUGACUCUUUUUCUAUUAUAUUCUCUUCUCUUCUUUACUUUAUUCUUUCCAAAAUUUAGUUUUUUUCUCUCUUUUUCAAUUUAAAUUCUCCAAAAAAUGUCGACUCAGCAUCAACAGCAGCAACAACCCACAGCUAACGGCACCGCCCCCGCCUCGUCAGAGGGCCGGAAGGUUGCCACCCAGGAAGUCGGGUGGAUGUUUGCCAACGAGUAUUAUACAAUCAUGAACAGGGAACCCCAGAGGCUGCACUGCUUCUACGCCAAAAAGUCUACUGCCAUCCAUGGAACCGACGGCGAAGUUGUCAAGCAGGCCAACGGCCAGCAGGAGAUUCGUGCUGUUAUUGAGGCCGGCGAGUUCAAGGGCCGCAAGGUUCAGGUCACCAACGUCGACACGCUGGCUUCGAUUGAUGGCAGCAUCAUUGUUCAGGCCAUCGGCCAGAUGGACACCAAGGACGGAACUUCCUACCAGCGCUUUGCACAGACCUUCCUCCUUGCUGAGCAGCAGGGCGGAUACUACCUCCACAACGAUAUUAUGCGCUAUCUGAGCGACGACACGGAGGAUCGCGAGCCCGCCGCUGAGCCUGUCUCUGAGCCCAUUGCUGCCGCUCCUGCCGUCGAGGCCUUCAAGAAGGACGAGAGGGUUGAAGCCGACGAGAUUUCCAAGAAGGUUGAGGAGACUCCUGCUGUCGAGGCUGCCCCCGUAGAGGCCGCUGCCAAGGUCACUGCCGACGCCGCUGUGGAGGCCAUUGCCCCCGCCCCCAAGGCCGAGGUUGCAAAGGCCCCUGUUGAGGCUGCUAUUCCUGUUGUUGAUACUACAGUUGCUGUCAAGCCCGAGCCCAAGGCUCCCAGGGCUCCCAAGGAGAAGCCCGCCGCCGCACCUGCUCCCAAGGCCGAGGAGAGGCCCGCGCCUGCGCCCGCGCCCGCCAAGCCCACAACAUGGGCUGGUCUUGCCGCAGUCAACAGCAACAAGUGGAACAAUAACACCAUUGCCAAGGUCGAGGGCACCGUAGCCCCCGCCACCCCCACUACCUCGGCCCCCACCGUCACCAACCCCGCUGCUUCCGACGCCCCGCGUACCAGCACCCCUGUUCCCUCUACCCGCGGCCACCAGCAGCGCAGAAAUGAUUCUCUUUCGGUAUUCCUGAAGAACAUCCCGCAGGUUGCCACCAUUAUUGCAAUCAAGGCCGGAUGCAAGAACUUUGGCCCCAUCACCAGUGUCGACUUUACCCUGCACAAGACCACUGGUGUAGUAGAGUUUGCCACGGAGGCUGCCAAGCAGGCUGCUCUGCGUGCCGGGUCUGCUGUUAUUAGCGGCGGGCAGGUGGUUAUUGAGGAGCGUCGUAACCGUCAGCAGGGUGGUCGUCGUGAGGGCGCCCCUAAGCAGGUCGGGCAGGGCCCAGCGCCUGCGCGCAAUGGUUCGGGCGAAUUUGAGCGCGUCAACUCUUCCCGUGGCUCCCGUGGUCGUGCCCCUGCUGCUGGCAGCGCUACUGCCAAUGGUGCUGCUGCUACCUCUAACGGAACUUCCAACCCUGGUAACCGCGCUCGCGGCGGAAAGCAGUAAAUCUAUUUUUUUCGAGGGGGAAAUGACGUUUCAGCGCCAAAAAAGUACAACUGGUGAUGAGGAUAAGGAUCAACGGAGGGAGCAAGGAUGGCUCAAGGUCAAAAAGGUGGGAAGUAAAUUUAAAGGGACGAUAUCCCGAAUUUUUUUGUUAUUUGAGUGAAAUAUCAUUAUUAUGUUGAUUUAAUAUAAAUGGUAUAAACGAUUUC